AUGGGAAGGUCAUCGGUGUCCAGACUACCUGCUCUAGACCAUCACGUCGGGGUCACCAAGCUGUUGGAGUCUACCGGACCAGUCCUGCCCAGCCAUACGUGUGGCACCCCGGGCGUCAUCCCCAACGGAGUCAUUCAUGGCUCGCGGUACAACAUGGGGGACAAGAUCCGAUACAGCUGUGAGUCAGGUUUUGUAUUGGAAGGACACAGUAUCCUCACCUGUAUUGUAUCACCUGGCAGUGGAGCACAGUGGGACUUCCCUUCACCAUUUUGUAGAGCGGAGGGAGCGUGUGGCGGCACGUUACGAGGCACCGCAGGUUCCAUAACCAGUCCUGGGUUCCCUGCCGAGUAUGACAACAACCUGGACUGUACGUGGUCCAUCCUCUCUGAGCCCGGGGAUACUAUAGCGCUCGUCUUUAAUGACUUCUUAUUAGAGGACAAAUAUGACUUCCUGGAAAUCAGCGGGACAGAGGCACCAAGCAUAUGGCUGACUGGUACAACCCUGCCAUCACCAGUGAUCUCGAAUAAGAACUGGCUUCGGAUACAUUUCACCUCAGAUAGCAACCAUCGAAGGAAAGGAUUCAGUGCACAAUACCAAGUGAAGAAAGCAAUAGAGUUGAAGUCCAGAGGGGUGAAGAUGAUGCCCAGUAAAGACUCCAGUCACAAAAAUGCCGUCUUGAGUCAAAGCGGUCUUGCUGGGGAUGUUUGUCCAGAUCCUGGAGUUCCAGAAAAUGGCAAGAGGAUGGGAUCAACCUUCCAAAUUGGAUCCAGCGUCCAGUUCAGCUGUGAUGACAGCUAUGUACUACAAGGAUCUAAAAGUAUCACCUGUCAGCGAGUCACUGACACACUGGCUGCCUGGAGUGACCACAGACCAAUCUGCAGAACUCGUACCUGUGGCAGCAAUCUAAGGGGGCCCAAAGGGGUCAUAACUUCGCCUAACUACCCUGUUCAAUAUGAGAACAACGCACACUGUGUGUGGGUCAUCAGUGCAAUGGACUCUGAGAAGGUGAUAAAGCUGUCAUUUGAAGAGUUUGACCUGGAAAGAGGAUACGACACACUUACUGUGGGAGAUGGAGGGAAGAUAGGAGACACUCGGAGGGUACUCUUUGUACUUACUGGUUCCAGUAUCCCUGACCUCAUCGUUAGCUUGUCCAAUCAGAUGUGGCUACACCUGCAGUCAGAUGAUACAAUCGGCUCUGCGGGAUUCAAGGCAAAUUUCGAAGAGAUCGAACGGGGCGGCUGUGGGGAUCCCGGGGUGCCGGCAUUCGGUCGCCGUAACGGUGAUCGCUUCCAACAUGGAGACGUUUUGACCUUCAUUUGCCAGGCAGCCUUUGAACUUGUGGGAGAGAAGAGCAUAACAUGCCAGCACAACAACCAGUGGUCUGGCAAUAAACCCACUUGUAUCUUCUCAUGUUUCUUCAACUUCACGGCUCCAUCGGGGACUGUGUUGUCCCCAAACUACCCAGAGGAGUAUGGGAACAACUUGAACUGUGUGUGGCUGAUCAUCUCUGAACCUGGCAGCCGCAUUCAUCUCCUCUUCUCCGACUUUGACCUGGAGCCACAGUUUGACUGGUUGGUGAUCAAAGAUGAAGGCCUGUCUGAGCCAACAACGUUCGGGACGUUCUCGGGGAAAGAUGUUCCAUCACAGAUCGCCUCGAAUGGACACAUUAUGAGACUGGAAUUUCAAUCAGAUCAUUCCAAUACUGGAAAAGGCUUCAAUAUCAGCUACACCA